AUGCAGACAGCCAUUCAUAAGCCCGUGGCUAUGACACUCUUACCUGAAACCCCUUCCCCUAUUACCGCAAUCAAAGGGCCUUCUCCCUUUGCUAUCACUUCUUUUGCCCAAAACCUGCCCCCAGAGCCCUCUCGUGCCGUCGCCAUUGUAUAUGGUCUCAAUCAGGACACUAUCGUCCAAGUUGUCGCUGAGAUCCUGGGCAAGCCAUGGACCACGGAAUCAUCUCUGUCCACACUCGGGCGGGGCAGUCAUGCUGUCGUGACUGGGAUAUUGGCUGACCAUCUGGGUCGUGCUCUGGAAGGGUGCGAGAAGCCUGCCGGCAUCUUAAUCAACACGCACUGUGUGGAUGAUGGUUCCUUUCCAGACGAAUCACUUACCGACCGCUGCGACUAUGAGUUUCUGUAUUCCCUUCGGAGUCCUUUCUUUCGCCGCGACCUGACCCGGUUUUUGUCUUUGAUUCUGGGUCAAACCAGACCACAUCAAGACCUGAAGACCAAAAACCGAACGAAUUUCAUCUCCACAACCUUUCCGGACGUCCAUGCGGCACUGCCCAAUCUCGACAUCUUGUCGGUAGGUUCAGAUGCGGUCGAGAUCCGUGUAGAUCUAUUGGUUGAGCCCUCACCUGUGGGUAUCUCCAACCGGGUACCCAGCCUGCGGUACGUUGGCCAGCAGUUGAUGUUGCUUCGGCAGCAUACAGAGCUGCCGAUCAUCUUCACCACGCGAUGCACCAAGGAGAAUGGUAAGUUCCCCAUGGAUGAUCCAGGACUAUUUUAUAGGUACCUUCGCCGGGCAAUCCAGUGGGGUGUCGAGUAUAUAGAUGUCGAGCUGUGGCUUCCGGAGGAUAUCCGGAGACAGUUAGCGGAAGUCAAAGGAAAUAGCAUCAUCAUGUCAGCAUUUCAUGAUUUCUCAGGAACGUGGAAAUGGACAUCUCCCGAGGCGCCGCGGAUCUUCGCAGAAAGCGCCAAAUACGCGGAUAUUGUGAAGAUGAUUGCUAUGGUCAAUACCGUUGAGGCCAAUUACGAACUCGAGUAUUUUCGGUCGACGAUCAAGAGGGCCCAUGGGUCGUACCCCCUCCUGUCGGCUGUCAACAUGGGACAGAUGGGUCAGCUCUCGCGGGCGCUCAACACUGUAUUCUCACCCAUCACGCAUCCGUUAUUGCCGAUGAUUGCAGCGCCGGGGCAACUAACGGCGGCGGAGAUUAACGAGGCGCUCCAUAUCAUGGGACAGCUACCCAAGCGCGAUCUGUACGCCAUUGGAUCAUUCCGCUCAACGCCGCAGUCGAUGUUUAUGGAAAAAUGCUUUAACGAACUGAGCCUGCCGCAUACGCUGACUUCAAUUGACCGUGGACCCAUGGGUUCCAUCGAACGCGUGAUCACCCAGCCCUCCUUUGGCGGAGCGUCAGUACAUCCGCCUAUAUCGAGCAGCACCACAUGCAUUCCAGCCGUUAGUGACGCUGCCCGCGCAAUUGGAUUAGUCGAUACGAUUGUGGCAGCAAAAAGCGCUGCACCGAAUGCUCAGUUGGUUGGUGAGAAUGCGACAUGGAAGGGGAUUCGGGCAACGUUAACCCGAGACUAUGUCCCGUCGGCAUAUCGUGGCCGAGCGGCGAUUAUUCUCUCAGGCAGUGAGAGCGAGGCAUCAGCGGCCAUCUUUGCACUGCGCAGCUUGGGUGUUGGAGCGAUCUACACGGUGGGGUUCCGGGCGAGCGGGCCGCUGGCCGACGGAUUAGAGCCGUUCACGUCGAUCCAGUCCGUGAAACUGGUUGAGCAGCCGUUUGUGAUUGUAUCCGCGCUGCCUCCAGAGAAGUCGUUGUUGGUCCAGCCGCUGUUGCGACACUACCGAACGAGUGGUCAAGCCUCGCCACCAUCUACACGGGGGAAAGUAUACCUCGACUUGACUCGAGGUGAACGUACGGGGGAUCCCGUCGGAGUCGCUGUGCGUGCGGGGUGGACAGCUUAUGGGAUUGAAGAUGUGAAUGCAUGGACAACUGUGGAGACACUGCGACUGCUGGUGGGUCAGAAUGUGCCGUUUGAUUUUGUGCGAAUGGCGUCAGGUCGAGUAUUUUGA